AUGGAUCCAGCAGGAGUGGGACCAUCAUUGCCGAGAGAGCUCAAGAUGAGAGAAUCAGAAUGGAAGCACAAUCUCAAUCGACCAGUGCCAGAGUCGCUCAUCGCCGCCCAAGUCCGGGAGGUGGUCAACAUUAAAGGUGACGCGAUCCGCCAUGCGUGGCAUACCUUGUGGGAGGCGGGAGAAGCAGAAGCCGAAAGGUGGGGGAAGGAUCAUGAGUUGAUCCUGGCGGCCGCGAAGAAGGACCCACGGGCCAUCCGCCAUGCCGGCAAGGCGUCGUGGAACAACCGGGACUUCGUGCUGGGAAUGGUCACCAAGAACUGGCGCGAUCUCAGGCAUGCCUCGGAGAAGUGCCGCGGAGACCGGGAGAUCGCCAAGGUGGCCAUCCGUCAGGAUCCCCAGGCACUCCAAUUUGUGGCCGAAGAGCUCAAGGAGGACCCGGAGAUCGUCUACUGGGCUUACCAGCAGGAUGAGCGCGCGGCGGAACAAUAUGCCAGUGCUUCCGUCUUCGCAGAGCGUAGCUUUGCACUGGCGGCGGCUGGAGUGAAGGCUGGUGCCGCCCGAGUGGGUCCUCGCAUGAGCGGGGGAAGCACGGCCCAAAUCAACGUAGACGAUGCGGUGCCGCAACAGAGCACGCGGAACUCGCCGGGCACGGAGGGGUCUCAGAUCUCGGGACGGCUCGACGCGCUCCAUAGCGUGUUGGCGAACCAUGGAGCACGACUGCUGGAAGCACACUCCCGCGCGCAGGCGCUCAUGGAGCAUUUGGGUUGGCAGGCACCGCAGUGGCCGGAAACGCCGAAGGUCUUGUCCGAAAGCGCCUUGGCACCGCGGAUGGUGAGCCAGUGGCGUCCAGAGCCAGGCCUGACGUUUCAGCGGCAGCUGGAGGAGCUUCAGAGGUCUCACCAGGCGAUGCAGGAGAUGUUGCGCGAGAGCAAAGGCUCCUUCAACGCCACCCUAGGCGAUAUGAAAGCCCUUUGGCGUGAGGUGGCCCGCCUUCAACAGGGCCAAAGCGAGGGGCCGGAGCAGCCGCCUUCGGCGGUCAGUGGCGAGUCCGCCAUCCUGGGCGAUGUUCACAGGGAGGUGCAAAGCAUCAAGUUGCACUUGGAGUCGCAUCCCUGGCCUUCCAGGUGGACGCCGGAGAUUUGUCAAAUGGAGAUCCAACAGCUGAAGAAGCAGCAGCGGAUCAUGGAGACCUUGCUCCUCACGUACCGGGAGGCCUUGUCGGAGAUGACUCAGAAGCUGAAGGAGGCUCUUGAGCGCCCCUCCAGUCCAAAGCUUGGAGUGAGCUUGGCAGCACAUGCCAGGCGCCAUGCCUCCGAGCGACCCUCCAGCAAAGAAGGCGCAAAGCUUCUGGCGGAAAAUGUGCUGCAAUUCGUCGAAGAGCUCCACCGACGGGUGCGGCACGUUGAGGAUGCUUCCUCUGCCAAAGAGAUUGCAGAGGUGAAGCGACAGAUGGAAGUGCUGCAGGGGGAGACUUUGAUGAGUUUCCACCAGCUGCAACAAGCAGUGGCCGAUCUCAACUGCAACAAGGUGGCCGCUGAGGCCAAGUCUUUGGAUGACCGAGGGCCAGGCCUGGCAGAACCGCUGCAGGCCAUCCCCGAGCAGUGUGAGCCGGAGGCCAUCCAGCAGCUUCAAAGCAGAUUGGCUGAACUGGAG